AUGAGAGAAAUCCUUCACGUUCAGGGAGGGCAAUGCGGGAACCAAAUUGGCUCGAAGUUUUGGGAGGUUGUCUGUGACGAGCAUGGCAUAGAUCCCACUGGGCGUUAUGUUGGCACCUCAGAUCUGCAGUUGGAGCGUGUGAACGUUUACUACAAUGAGGCUUCGUGCGGCCGAUUUGUACCUCGUGCUGUGCUCAUGGAUCUCGAGCCUGGAACCAUGGACAGUGUCCGAACCGGACCAUACGGGCAGAUCUUCAGGCCUGAUAACUUUGUAUUUGGUCAGUCGGGUGCUGGAAACAACUGGGCAAAAGGGCACUACACCGAGGGUGCUGAGCUGAUUGACUCUGUUCUUGAUGUUGUAAGAAAGGAGGCUGAGAACUGUGACUGCCUUCAAGGUUUUCAGGUGUGCCAUUCUCUUGGUGGUGGGACUGGUUCUGGAAUGGGCACCUUGCUGAUCUCGAAAAUCAGAGAAGAAUAUCCUGAUAGGAUGAUGUUGACAUUCUCCGUUUUCCCAUCACCUAAGGUUUCAGAUACGGUGGUUGAGCCGUACAAUGCCACACUUUCAGUUCAUCAGCUUGUUGAGAAUGCCGAUGAGUGCAUGGUGCUCGACAAUGAAGCUCUUUAUGACAUUUGCUUUAGGACCCUCAAGCUGACCACUCCAAGCUUUGGCGACCUCAACCACCUCAUCUCGGCCACAAUGAGCGGUGUGACCUGCUGCCUCCGCUUCCCGGGUCAGCUCAACUCCGACCUCCGAAAACUCGCCGUCAAUCUCAUCCCUUUCCCGCGCCUCCACUUCUUCAUGGUCGGUUUUGCCCCUCUCACCUCCCGCGGGUCCCAACAAUACCGUGCCCUUACUGUCCCCGAGCUCACCCAACAGAUGUGGGACGCUAAAAACAUGAUGUGCGCAGCCGAUCCACGACACGGCCGAUACCUAACUGCCUCAGCCAUGUUCCGAGGCAAGAUGAGCACGAAAGAAGUCGACGAGCAGAUGAUCAACGUACAGAACAAGAACUCGUCCUACUUUGUCGAGUGGAUUCCGAACAACGUGAAGUCGAGCGUUUGCGACAUCCCGCCUAGGGGACUCUCGAUGGCCUCGACUUUUAUAGGUAACUCGACUUCAAUUCAGGAGAUGUUCCGGCGCGUGAGCGAACAAUUCACUGCCAUGUUCAGGCGGAAGGCUUUCUUGCAUUGGUACACGGGAGAAGGUAUGGACGAGAUGGAGUUCACUGAAGCCGAGAGCAAUAUGAAUGAUUUGGUUUCGGAGUAUCAGCAGUAUCAGGAUGCCACGGCAGACGACGAGGGGGAGUAUGAGGAUGAAGAAGAUGAAGAAGAAGGUAUGGAUCACAUUUGA